CUUGCUUUCUCCGCCAAUCCCCCGCAUCCUCAAAUGACCAGUUUUCGCCCGAGGUCAUAAUAAUGCGGCUCCAGGCGACGCUUCUUUGGCUCGCCUCCUGCGUUCCCUUCACGGUCGCUAUCUACCCGGAUGAGGUCAACCAUGUCGAUUUCCACCACGCCCUCUUAGGUGUCCCCACCCCCGAGUCGACCUUUUUCCUGAGACCCCCGUCUUCCUCAAACGCUUCCUUACUUUACACCCUGUCGGAGGACUCCCUCGUCGGUGCGAUCAACCCCAGAGAUGGAUCGCCGCUUUGGAGGCAGAACGUUUCGCGAUCGUCGCAACCCGACCAUGGGCCCGGCCUCUUGCGGGCCUCGGAUGGGGUCAGCUCCAUUGUGAGCGCUGUCGGUGACUAUGUGUCAUCCUGGAGUGCUCUGGACGGUAAGUUGGUCUGGGAAAACUGGUUUGUGGACGAGUCGCUGGUGGACCUGGAGUUGCUCCACCUGGCGGACCCUCAUGCGGCCCCAUCUAGCAAAGACACGGUUGCCCUGUUCGCGGGCAAGACCGGUGUUGUGAGACGAUUGGAUGGCGAGUCCGGAGACGUGAAGUGGGAAUACAAGGAUGAGAGUGGUGAAACUCCCUUUCAAGUGUCGUCCUCUUCCACCGAGGUCUUCUACAUUUCGCUCCAGUCGGGCCUUCUCAAGGGUACUAAAGUGAAAGUCACCUCGCUAGACCCCGUGACCGGCCGACAAACUCGCCAGGUGACCCUGAACUCGGAAAGCGACGUGUCCGGUCCUGAGUCCAUUCUCUUCGUGGGUGCAAACACUGCCUCCCCGUUGAUCGUCUGGGCAGACAAAUCGCAGAAGACGCUCAAAGUCAAUGUGAUUGGGUCUAAGAAGGUCAGCUCAGUCAACAUCGAAAACACCAGCGGCCAGGAGAUCCGCUCCAUCGUCGUUCACGCCCCCCACCAGCUCAACUCGCUACCGCACUUCCUGGUUCACUACCAGACCGAGUCGAGCUCUUGGGCCGAGGUUUACCAUGUUGAUCUGAUAACCAAAGCUGUCACCAAGGCUUACAGCCUACCCCGCGUGCAGGGAUGGUCGGUUUUCGCAACUAGCAACAAGGACGCCAACGUUUUCUUCACCCGCAUCACCGAAGCAGAACUCACGGUGGUUUCGUCCGCUUCUCACGGUAUCCUUGGAAGGUGGCCCCUUCAAACCCCUCCGCAGGGGCGCUUCUUGCACGCUGUCGCCGAGGUCGUUGCCAAGGGCGAGUCUGUAGCUGUCCGAUCGGCUGCUGUCCUGGAGUCAGGGGACUGGCAGCUCAUCCGAAAUGGACAGAAUGAGUGGACCAGAUACGAAGCUUUGGCUGGUGCCCAAGCUGCGAGCUGGGCCGAGGCAGACACCCAGGAGGAACUGGCCCAUCAACUCCAGGUCGAAGGCCAUGAAACUAUCUACGGUGCUUACCUGCACCGCGUCAAGCGGCAUGUGAAAGACCUCGAGCACCUACCAGAGUGGCUGAAGGAACUCCCCAAACGAAUCCUCACCAGUAUUCUAAGUGAUGAGGUGUCCAACCUUGAUGGCUUUGGGGUCUCCAAGACUGUGGUCGUUGCUACGCGAAAUGGACGGGUCUAUGCCCUCGACACUGGCAACCACGGAGCAGUAUCUUGGAGCGUGAAGGCCUCGCAAGGAGAGAUGUGGAACGUGAAAGCGAUCAUCACUCAACCAGGCUAUGCUACUGUCUACCCCGACGAUGGUAGCUCGGUGACUUUCAAUGUCACUUCUGGUGGCAUUGUCAAGCGUACCUCCGCUACGACCAAGAUCCGCUCCGUUGCUGUUGUCAGCAAUGAUGACACUCCGUCCACGAUUGGUAUCAACGAAAAGGGCGCUCCCCUGGAACCAUUGAGCGGGCCUGGGUUCUUUGUCACUUCGAGUGACGAUGGACGUGUCCUCGGGUGGGCCGCCUCGAACAACAAGGUGCCCGUCUGGGAAUUCGCACCGGCCCCCGGGCAAAAGAUCGUACGCGCCGUUGCACGUCCCUCCCACGACCCGGUGGCGUCCAUCGGCAAGGUCCUGGGUAAUCGAUCGGUCCUCUACAAGUACUUGAACCCCAACCUGGUUCUCGUGACUGCCGUCGGGGGAAGUUCCGCCACCUUUUACCUCCUUGACGCCGUCUCCGGUAACCUUCUAUACACCGCCACCCAAGAGGGCGUUGAUACCACCCAGCCUAUCGCCUCCACCAUCUCCGAGAACUGGUUCGCCUACUCCUUCUUGGCCCACCCCGUCCACCCCUCCGAUGCCAUGGGCUACCAACUCGUGAUCUCCGAGCUGUAUGAGUCUCCGAUCCCCAACGACCGCGGCUCCCUCGGCUCCGCAGCCAACUUCUCCAGUAUUCACGACCUUCUUCCCCUUCCUCACGUCAUCUCCCAGGCUUUCGUCAUCCCCGAACCGAUCUCCCACAUGGGGGUCACCGAGACCCGCCAGGGAAUCACAAUCCGCCAACUCCUCUGCUACCUCCCCUCCACCAACUCCCUGGUCGGCAUCCCUCGCCCGGUCCUGGACCCUCGCCGGCCCGUGGACCGCGACCCGACAGCAAACGAGGCUGAAGAGGGCCUGAUGCGGUACAGCCCGUAUCUCGAGUUCGACGGCAAGUGGUACCUCUCGCACGUGCGGGACGUCAUCGGCAUCAGCAACCUCCUUUCCAGCCCGACGCUGCUUGAAAGCACGAGCCUGGUCUUUGCCUUUGGCUGGGACAUCUUCGGCACGCGCGCGACGCCUAGCCAAGCUUUCGACAUUCUGGGCAAGGGAUUCUCGAAGCUGCAGCUGUUGGCGACUGUUGUGGCGUUGGCCGUGGGUGUGGUCUUUUUGGCACCAAUGGUCCGACGGAAACAAGUCAACAUGAUCUGGAAUUCCUAGACUUCCAAACGCAGACACGAGGAAGAAUUAAUUGGAGUUGGGAGUGAAAUACGCUUGAAAAGAAGUAUAAUAUGAUAGUUAGCCUCACGGUUGCCUUUUUCUACCCAUGUAUUUAUUGUAUUGAAUGAGAUUUGAG